GGAAGAGCGUGUCUGGCGGUAGCGCCGGUCGGUGGUCAGCGCAGGAAGGCGCGGGGAGGCGCGGGUCUGGGCAUGAAGCUGGGCCGGGCCGCGCUGGGCCUGCUGCUGCUGGCGCCGUCGGUGGUGCGGGCGGUGGAGCCCAUCAGCCUGGGUCUGGCCCUGGCCGGCGUCCUCACCGGCUACAUCUCCUACCCGCGCCUCUACUGCCUGUUCACCGAGUGCUGCGGCCAGAAGCGGAGCCUCAACCGGGAGGCGCUGCAGCGGGACCUGGACGACAAGCUGUUCGGGCAGCAUCUGGCCAAGAAGGUCAUCCUGAACGCCGUGUCCGGCUUCCUGAGCAACCCCAAGCCCAAGAAGCCGCUCACCCUCUCCCUGCACGGCUGGACCGGCACUGGCAAGAACCUGGUCAGCAAGAUCAUCGCGGAGAACAUUUACGAGGGCGGCCUGAGCAGCGACUACGUGCACCUGUUCGUGGCCACGCUGCACUUCCCCCACGCCUCCAAUGUCACCCUGUACAAGGAUCAGUUACAGCAGUGGAUCCGAGGCAACGUGAGUGCCUGUGCCAGGUCCAUCUUCAUAUUCGAUGAGAUGGACAAGAUGCACGCCGGCCUCAUCGACGCCAUCAAGCCUUUCCUGGACUACUACGACGUGGUGGACGAGGUCUCCUAUCAGAAGGCCAUCUUCAUCUUCCUCAGCAAUGCGGGCGCGGAAAGGAUCACAGACGUGGCUUUAGACUUCUGGAGGCGUGGAAGGCAGAGGGAGGACAUCAGGCUGAAGGACAUGGAGCACGCCUUGUCCGUGUCCGUCUUCAACAACAAGAACAAAGGGGAGACCCAUGCGGGCAGCGUCCACCCUGGCUGGCUCUCUGCCCCUUUCCCAGGGCCGAGUGGGAGUCUGCACGUGGGAGGCCUUCCAGCGAGCUGGAGGGGGCAGGCAGCGUCCCAGCCCUCACCGCUCCGUGUCAGUUCUUUCCCAGGGCCACAGGUGAGCCCCGCCCGGCCAGUCCCGCCUUUGGUCGGCACCAGUUGUGUGCACAGCAGUGCUGGUUGGGGGAGCAGGGUCAGAGGACGCUGAAGCGAAACGGCUCAGGGGGAGAAAGCCGUGGGGUGCUGGGCGCCCCGUGGCCGACAAGGAGGGAGCGAGUGUUGGGUCAGGGUUCCAGGAGCCUGGAGGGGGACUGGGCAGGUGCAGCGCCAGCCCCUGUGGGAGGGGGACACACGGCACGGCCCCUGCCCAGAGGGACCAGGUGCACUUGUCUGGCCCCUCCCACUGCUGGGAGCCGAUGGAGGCCCUGGACGAAAGGGCGUGGCCGGCCCAGCCCUUCCCUGGGAACCCGCCCCUCCUUUCACUGUCUUGAAACUCUGCCAGCCUGAGAACCAGCUUCCUCCCGGCCGCCUCUGCUGGCCCAGGCCUCCUGGGCCGCGAGCCCCUCUUCACCGGUGGGCAGUCGCAUGCGUGGAGCCCCCCUGGGCCGCGAGCCCCUCUUCACCCGGUGGGCGGUCGCGCCCGUGGAGCCCCCCAGGCCCCCUGGGCCGCGAGCCCCUCUUCACCCGGUGGGCGGUCGCGCCCGUGGAGCCCCCCAGGCCCCCUGGGCCGCGAGCCCCUCUUCACCCGGUGGGCGGUCGCGCCCGUGGAGCCCCCAGGCCCCCUGGGCUGCGAGCCCCCUGCAGGUGGCCAGGCGCUCCCUGGGGCCGGUGCGAGGGGCACAGAGCGGCCGGGUGUCGGACAGGACAGACAGACGGCGGAGGGUC